UAAAUGUACCGGUAAUGCCUGGCAAAAAUAGCUCCGGUCUUGAUUACGUAAUUGGUUAAGUCUACAGAGCUCUCACAGAAAUAAUGGUCAAGAGCGUUCGUUAUUUGGGUCACUCCGGAGGAAGCUUUGGAAAUGCAAAUGUCUGUCUCAAAGCCUACUGAACAGCUGAACUAAGGGGGAACUGAAAUUCACUCCAGCUUUCACUGUCCCAAGGCUUGAAUAACAACCAAGUCCACGAUGCAGUUAUACGGAGCUUUGAUCCUGUUUGCUACUCUGUCUGCAGCAUGUGGACUGAGAUGCUACAGCUGCACAGCAGCCGAACCAAAAUCCUGCACCGACACCAAAGCGUGUAGUGUCCUUUUCGAUCGUUGCUUCUCUCUUAGAGUCGAUGGUACCAACGUUGUUACAAAGGGCUGCCAAAACAGUGUCCUAUGCAUCAGUCCAAUAAACUGCUGUGAGGGGGACCUGUGCAACAGCGCCUUACCAACUGGUCCCAGUGUCAUCCUGCUGCUGGUGUCCUCAUCCAUCCUCACAUUCAUCCUCUGAAAUUCAGCGACUUCUAUAUUCACUACUCUUAUGAAUCAAUUUGAAUAAAUGAUUUAAUGGUUUUCUAUAAUACUCUAUUCACUCCCAAAGGGAAAUCACAUGAAGAAAUAAACAG